CGUAUAUAUACCCAGGAUAGCGGCCCGCUGAGACCGCAACGCUUGGCCACUAAGCGUUGAUAAAGGGGAGAAACAGGCUUGUCCACCAUGCAGGGAAAAUUUCCGGCCGUCUUCUUGAGCGUCUUGUGCUCUGCCUUUGCAGCCAGAGCUGCUGCAUUUCUGCAGGGAUCAGGGCUAGGUAGUCUCGGGUUAGGUGGAGGCUACGGUGGCCUAGGCGGCUACAGUACACUCGGAGGUUUCAGCGGUCUUGGAGGCGUCGGCGGUCUUGGACGCUACAGCGGUCUCGGAGGCUACAGUGGUCUCGGAGGCUACAGUGGUCUAGGAGGCUACAGUGGUGUAGGAGGCUUGUAUUUACCUAGAGGUCUUUCGGGUCUUGGAGGCCUUUCGGGUCUAGGAGGCCUUUCGGGUCUCUCUAGUGGAGGCUAUCAGGGUCUCUCCGGCCUCUAUGGAAGCUACCUUGGUUUGUCGGGCCUCAGCGGAGGCAUCCAAAGACUCGGGGGCCUGUAUGGACUUGGAGGUUACAGUGGCUUGGGAGGACUUUCCAGCUGGAAUGCUGGGCACCCGGGGUAUCAGUCGAGUCUUGGUAGUCUAGGAUUAUCAGGCUCGCUCGGGGUAAAUCCUGGUCUUGGUGGACUGCAUGGGGGAUACUCGCGUCUCGGAGAACUUUCUGGGCUGGCUGGAGGCUACUCCAGAUUGCUCAACGGCGGGCACUUGGGUGGUUCUGCAGGGCUUCUCGGACUCUCUAGCCCAUCUGUAUACUCGUAUGGCAGCUCACUCGGCUCAUUUGGAGGUCUUUCCGGGGGACGUAGGGGGCUACGAGUGGUAGGAAGCUAUCCUGGAGUGUCUGGAGUGUAUGGAAACUCUCUCGGUCUGUCAGGCCUCUACGGAGGUUACUCAGGCCUUGGAGAUUUGUCCGGCCUUUCAGGAGGCUACUCUGGUUUGACAGGGCUUUCGACUUCUUACGGUGGAUACCCAGGACUCUUGAGUGGACUUGGUGGUCUCGGAGGAUCAGUAGGACUGCUCGGUCGAGGAUUGGGACUCUCAGGUUCACUCACGGGUUAUUCCGGCCUCAGUGGGCUGUCAGGAUUGUACGGAGGUUCCUCGCGUCUUGGAGGGCUUUCUGGAUUGUCUGGAGGUUACUCCGGAAUGCUCAACGGUGGUUACUUGGGUGGCUCCGCGGGGCUUCUCGGACUCUCUAGCCCAUCUGUGUACUCGUCCGGUAACUCACUCGGCUCCUUCGGCUACCCAGGAUCCUCGGGAAGUCUUUUCGGAGGACUUAGAGGAGCACGCCGUGUAGGAGUCUAUCCUGGAGGGUUUGGAGGAUACGGGAGCUCUUACGGUCUGUCAGGCCUCUACGGAGGUUACUCAGGCCUGGGAGGUUUGUCCGGCCUUUCAGGUGGCUACUCUGGUUUGACAGGGCUUUCGACUUCUUACGGUGGAUACCCAGGACUCUUGAGUGGACUUGGUCUCGGAGGAUCAGUAGGACUGCUCGGUCGAGGAUUGGGACUCUCUGGUUCGCUCACGGGUUAUUCCGGCCUCAGUGGGCUGUCAGGAUUGUACGGAGGUUCCUCGCGUCUUGGAGGGCUUUCUGGAUUGCCUGGAGGUUACUCCGGAAUGCUCAACGGUGGUUACUUGGGUGGCUCCGCGGGGCUUCUCGGACUCUCUAGCCCAUCUGUGUACUCGUACGGUAGCUCACUCGGCUCCUUCGGCUACCCAGGAUCCCCGGGAAGUCUUUUCGGAGGACUUAGAGGAGCACGCCGUGUAGGAGUCUAUCCUGGAGGGUUUGGAGGAUACGGGAGCUCUCUUGGUCUGACAGGCCUAUACGGAGGUUACUCAGGCCUUGGAGGUAUGUCCGGCCUUUUGGGAGGCUACUCUGGCUUGACAGGGCUCUCGAGCCUAUCAGGACUUGGAGGAUACUCUGGUUACUCCGGACUUUCUGGUCUUUCUGGUCUUUCCGGCCUGUACGGGGGCUACCCGCGUUCCUUCGACCUCUCUGGGCUGUAUGGUAGUGGGCUUGGUAGCUCAUACGGAUAUGGUUCAUUUGGAGGCCUUGGAUCUUACGGCAGUUCCUUUGGAUACCCUGGCCUAUACGGUAACGGAUGGACUAGUUCCGGUUCAUUCGGAUAUGGUGGACAGGGAUCUCUGCUGGGAGUUACUGGACCAUCCACAAGCCUUUUCACCUCAAGUGGCAUGCCUUCUCUCUCCGGCUCUCUUGGAGUCGGCUCUAGCGCGGUCCAAAGCUUAGUGGCCUAAGAAGCUACACAUUCGCAAGUUACGUUCUUCCGACUCCUUCAUGACAUUCGAAAUGAAGACUUCCCUGAAAAACUAACUAAGCCCUCCGGAAGUGUACAAACGCCUGGAAAACUUCAACAAGGCAUCAAAUCCUGCUAACUUCCGAAAUAAACUGCUUGUGAAGUCA